CAGAACAAGGCUCGAGAGGAGCGUCAUGCUGAAAUAUUACAGCUCAGAAGCGAGGUGGAGGAUCUCGAGUUCACGCUGAAGCGGCUCCAGACUAUCAUCGGCUGCAUGAGAGGUUCCAGUCGCACACAGGAGAAGACGGACAAGAAAUUGGUGUGGAAGGACGCAUGCAUCCGCCAGCUGGAGCGGCGGCUGAGAGCUGAACGAGAAAAUAGGCACUUGAUGAAGGGAGUUGAGAAGGACAAACAGUUCGUCAAGAGCAUGCAGAAGCUGCUCGACACUCGGCCGGCGCUAUGGAACAUGGUGUAUCCGGGAAUAUGUCAACGCACAAGGCGCAUCGAGAUUCCUGCAGGAUACAUGAAGGAGAUGGCGGAUUUGAUUUUCGUGGAGUUAGCUGCGGGUGUCGAGGCGUUUUAUCGAGAGGUCGAAGGUUUGGAAAGAGCUGUCAGCUCUUUACUAACACGCUUACCAGCGGGCGAGCCACUGUUACGUGACGCUAUCAUUGGUAGGCGCCUCGAGGCAUUCUGCUACAAUGAUGUUCCGUUUGGGGUGGCGGAAACUGGAGAUGCGUGGUGGCGAUACUGGAACAGCUACAGGGGCGAAGUCGACAGCGUUGACGAUGUCGUCACAGAGAGUUUUGGCUGGGAAAUCGGCGACGCGGCUAACACGUCAGUGCGUUUCUACGUCCAACAGAUUCUUCGGCGGCACGUCGAAGACGAUCGCAUUGUGUUUGUUUGGAACGGAUACUUCGAGCCAUUCAUGUUUAAGGGUAAGCGGAUUCGAGGCGUCUACUACCGCGAGCAAAGCUACGUGCUCAUCAAGCCUCAAGUUUACGACGGCGGCGUCUGCUCACGGAUUUCAUCUUGCGAGAUGAUCACACCCUACUUCUUGGAGCCAAGCAUGAUUAACGAUCCCACAGUAGCUGCAGUAACCAAGUUUGUGGUGAGCUCUAUGUCGUCCGACAUCAUAUCGUGGAAUGAAAUGGUCGAGGGCUUACUAUUGGACCAGGCACGACAAAAU